AUGUCGGCCGGCAGCACGACGCCCACAGUCAGCAGUGUACGAUCGAGCGAUAGAAGCGCAGGCAACGAGCCGGAUACACAUCAGCCAAAGAAGAAGAAAGUCGGCUUAAAUGCUGCAAGGUUGGGCAUAUCAAGACGUGUGCGCCAGCUCGCUGGAGUCAGGGCCGAGGAACUAGACCUGCUCGAGGAGGACCUGAAGGAACUCCAGCUCACAGUGGAGAGGCUAGAGGCUUGGGCACAGAAGCGCGUGCGGUUGGAGAAGAAGAUCACAGACAUACAAAGCGAGGAUGCUGGCGCAAAAACGCAGUCACUGCAGACUGAAGCUUCCAAACUCGAACAGGAAAUCAGACAAAAAGAGGAGGAACUGCGGGUUCUCAAGCGAAGACACCGGCGCGUCCUGAACGAGCUUGCAGAUACCGAGAAUUCUGUUGAAGCCCGCUUGUCGUCAUACAAAACUUCCUUGUCUCUACUCGAUAGAGAGGUCUCCGACUUCCUCGCGCGUCCGCCAGAUAUCAAUCACGUACCGCUGUCCUCGACGCCGUUCCACGCACUUCCCGUUAAACGACGAACACUCGGAAUGGCACGCGAAUACUGGAGUGAUGAAUAUACAAGCUUGGCUGAAAAGUGUACGGAGCUCGAUGCAGACCGCGGGGCGCUUGACGAGGGUGCAAUCAUGUGGAACGAUGUGAUAAACAAGGUAGCAGAGUACGAGACAACGUUGCAGAGUUUUAUGCAGGACGCUGGUCGUAAGAAUGCGCCAGAUCCUUCGCUCCUGCUGGACCAGCUGGAAACCACCAUUUCCUUUCUUGAGGAGAAGCUCGAGCUGGCUACUUCAAAGGAGUGGAAUCUGCUUGUGUGUGCUAUUGGAGCAGAGCUUGAGGCUUUCGUACAAGGCAAGGCCAUGCUGGAGGACACGCUAGGAGUGAACCGAAAGGGCAAAGAGAAGGCGAUGAAUGAAUUGCUGGACUUCAACGAUGCAGGAACCCCACAAGAAGAGAUGACAGGGUCUGCAAUCAGGAUCGUUCGAUCGCCGCCCAAGCCCUCCCUACCGAAGCCGAAACUAUACGACACCGACGACGAGGAUCCCGACCCCGAGCUUAUGAUCUCCCAUCACGACACGGACACGGAUUGA